AUGCAGUCAUUUAGGUGUAUACUCAGGAAAGGAAUUCCAUUGCACAUUGCCUAUCGAUAUCGAAGUUAUGGUAUCAAAUUAAAAAGUUUUGAUCCACCUUAUUUGUCUGUCAAACCACCUAUUCAUGUUUAUCAAAGUGUGCAGUUCGAUGUAAGAGGACAUGACUACGUGCAGCUAGAGAAGUUCACUUCAUACAUUCACAAGUUUUUCAUCAAUUGUGGUUAUGAAGUUGAAAAUUUUCCACUGCCUCCCAGCAAAAAGCUCUACCGACUUUAUCAUAAUAAUUCGACAAAUAUCCGGUCAGAUUUCGAAAUAUCUGAAUUUCGAAGAAUAUAUAGGAUAUCGGGUGUGAAAGCUGUUCAGUUACCAAUAUUAUUAGAUCUGAUCUACCAGAAUUUAUCUUCAGGGAUUACCAUUCAUAUUGGAAAGACGGAUACUUCCUUAGAUGAAAAUCGUUUUGUUCCACAACUUGAAAAAGAAGCAUUGGAAAACGAACUGUCGAAACUCAAAUUUUAA